AUGCAAAGACUUAAAUUUCACCGCAGCCAAUCAAGCCUCAGCCUGACACCGCAACUAACGCGCGCCUCCGCCUCUGCUGGCGCCGCGGGCGAAAGUUCUUCGGAUGGUUCUCCGCAACAGCACCAACAGCAACAGCAACAGCAGGUCCGUUUUCGGCUCUGGCGCAUCUCAGGCGACGGCGCGUGCAUGUUUCGAGCCAUCGCACAGGGAGCACAGAUGGCCACCCACGGCAAAGCGAUGUCCCUUCAGUCCGAAGAGGUGGCGGCACAGAACCUGCGGCAGUCGGUGGUGCGGGAGCUGCGACGGAGAAGAGAGGAAAUGGAGCCCUUCCUGCCGGGCAUAGCAGCCGACUUUGACGAGUAUUGCCGUACGAUGUCGCAUCCUAUGGCAUGGGGAGGCGAGCCGGAAAUGGUCAUGGCCGUACACGUCGUACAGCGACCGAUCACUGUAUACCACAUGCAGGGCGGCGAGCUGACGCCCAUUGUGACGUACGGCGAUUAUUUACUAGGUGCCGUACAGCCUAUCAGCCUGCUGUGGAGCGGGGCGCAUUACGACUUGCUGGUGCCUGAGGGCGCCGUUGCGGGGGCCGCCACCGCUACCGCCGCAUGA